UUUUUUAACUUUCUUUCUAGUGGUCACUUUCUUCACUGUAUCUCAUCUGCAAGAUUAUGGCUCGUUAUCGUCAUCCGCUCGCAGUAGACGUGAAACGUGAUCCUGCAGGUAAUACAAUCGGCCACCUGUAUUCCCAUGCGGCGUUCAUAAUUCUUCCUAUCGAACAAACAAAGGAACGGUUACUCGUCAGCAAACAGUUAACGACGUUCGCUCGACGCGGUUGCCCGCGUUCCUAUCAGGUUACUCCGGACCUUUUCUCACCUUUCGUUGCUGGUGUCAAUAGUGCCGCUCGGCACAAUUCCAGACGGAGGCGAUAGCACGAUAUCCCAAUGAAAGAACACGAUCCUGCACGCGAGAUCCUGCGGCCGCUGUCUGGGUGACAUAAGUGACAUUUCUUCCCCUAAGAAGGUAUUCCCCGGCAAUCCUAACACGUACAUCAUGUCGACCAUGGUACGGAGGACGAAAUCCAAUUUGGAGUAUCGCGGCGACUCCAGAUUUCCACCGGGUAUAUACACGAUCCAUCUACCAUCGACGUGCGAACAUACACUCGGAAAUAGGCCGAUUCAUCUGAAAAGAAGUAGCGCGUAUGAAGGAAAAGAGAUCGGGAAGAUAAGGGAUAAGAGCGGUACGAGGAAAUAUUUGAUUCCUUCGAAGGAGCCUAUGGUCUAUCCGAAGAUCAUGACAAGAAAGGAAUACGAAGACCUAAAGGAACGCAGCCGCGUGAUCACGAAGGAAGAGAGACAAACGGCUGUGGAAACUGCGGAAAAAGAGAGGGAGAAACUGACGAAAGAGAGCUUGGCACGGAAACAGGCAAUUCGCGUUAUGGAUAUGAAAAAGGAUCGUGAGAAGGAUCCAAGAACGAAAGAGAUUGAGGAGGAAGCGAAAAAAAGAACAAUGCACAUCCUCGAGCGGGCGUACAACAUGCGUCUAGAGCAAGAGGAGGAGAUACAGAAGUGCAAUCGUAUCAUCUUGCAAACUAAAUGCCGAGCUAUCCGCGACGCUCAAAUCGCAGAAAAAAAAUUGAUGGGACAAGAGCUUCUCGAGGAAGAGAAACGGUUGAACGACAUGAUAGAAGAAGAGAGGAGAUGGGCAAUCAAGGAAGAAUCGCGAAAAGAAGAAGAGAAGGCAGCUAAAAGGCUACGAUUCGCUAAGAUCUUGCAGGAGCAGAUCAUAGAAAACGAGGAACAACGGAUUAUCGAAUUUGAGAGAAAGCAGGAGGAAAGCCGGCUUAUCAAUUUAAAUAAUAUAGCGUGGCAGCAAGACGAGAUCGAGAAGCUACGCAACAAGGAGGCUGAAAACGCAAAAGUGCGACAGGAAAUUGCAGAAGGGAAUGAACAAUUGAAACACUUUAAGGCUAUGGAAGAGGAAGAAAAUAGAAUUAUAGAUUUAAGGAUACAGAAUUAUCAUCGACUAAAAGAGGAGAGAGAGGCAAGAAAAGCGGAAGAACAGAAAUUAGAAAGAUUGAAAAAAGAGCGAGAGAGAACCAGAAUGGCGAUGCGAACGGUGCAAGCAUACGAGCUUCAGGCGCAAAUUGAUGAAAUCAACGCGGCUCGAGUUCAGGAAGAAGUAGAACGAGAAUGGAGACGGAAAGAGAAGGAAGAAGCUUUAAAAAAAUUGGAAGCUCUAAGAAUUCUUCAAAAAGAAAGAGAGGUACAAGUAAACAAUAAGCGAAUAAUGCAAGCCAUCGAAAUCGAACGGGAGAGGCGAGAAUUUGAAAGGAUUGUACGUGUACAACAAGCAUCUUUUUCUAAAGAAAAGAAGGAACUCGAGCAAAAACAGCAACAGGCUUUAAUUCAUCGCAGUGAAAUAUUAAAGCAGGUAAAUGAAAAAGAACGAGAACGCAUUGCUCAGAGGCAAAAAAUGUUCGAAGAAGGCCUGGCAAUACGUACUGAAACUGCAAUGCGUAAGAAGAAAUUACAAGAUGCGAUGGAACGAAAGUGUCAAGAAAUGAGAGAAAACAAAGUUCCCGAUAUUUAUAUUAAUGAAGUGAAACGAAUGAUUGAAACUAUUCAAUGAAUUAUUUCAUCAAG